AUGGCGCAGAAGAGGUCGGCCAAGGAAGCCUUUGGCUCGACAAAGGGAAUGAGUGCGGCCGCCGCUGCUCGACAGGCAAGGCAGUUGAAGGAACAGCCACCACAAACCAAGACUUCRGAUAACCUGAUCGAAUCCGUGGUAGGAGCUCCAUACACUGCUUCCGACGAUGAUGCUCUGGAGUCUGCGGCCGAUGCGAAGAAACUGGUCCUACCAAGAAUCACACUUUCGAUAGUGGAGAGGACUGCUCUCACCGACGACGAUGACGAAAAUUACGUGCAGAUGGCCCUCUCGACAGAUCAAAGUGCGACAUUUAUCGGAGAGUACGAUUUGAAAGUCRUCAAGGGGGUCGUCAACAUCUAUGGUGCAAUGAUUCAUCCUGAUCUUGGACCUCAAAGGGUCUACGCUUUAUCGACGCAUGCACUUCCAUCCAUCACCGCGAGAAGCGACUCAAUCAUUCGUAUCAUGUCCGUCAAGUCUGGCUUGCUCAAACUUGCUAAGCUCUCCCCUCUUUUCCGCAACAUUGGAGCCGUAGCAUCGCAACGGAGCUUUCAAUUUCUGAAGUACAACACUUCUGACCCCCUAAACCGUCCCCUCCUUCCACUCGAGGUCGACGAGGGAACAAAGCGGGUUCUAUCUCGCAUUAAUGCGAAAUUAGAUUCAUCAUCCACCUCUGCGAUUCUUACUGUUKGACCGAAAUCCUCUGGAAAGUCAACCUUCAACCGCCUACUUUGCAACAUGAUCGUCAGUAGGCCUGGUUCAUCUCGCAAAUGCUGGUACUUGGACCUUGAUCCUGGUCAACCCGAGUUCGGACCUCCCGGGCAAGUCUCCCUUGUAGAGGUCUCGGCAUCCAUCCUCGGUCCUCCUUACUCUCACCCUGCAUCCACUGAUUCCAAAACGUUCCGCCUCGUGCGCUCACACACGAUCGCCGCUACAACCUUCAAAGACGACGCAGAGCACUAUAUAGCAUGCGCUGAAGAUCUCGUCAUACAAGCAGCACACAGGCAAUAUCCCAUGGUUAUCAAUUCUUGCGGCUGGACGUCUGGUCUAGGCGCCAGUGCUUUGGUAUCCAUUAUUGAGAGACUUGCCUCACCGCCGGAACUUGUCUUGCUGGGAGAAUCUCCAGAAUCAGAACUUUCAACGUCCCUCUCAAUAGGCAUCCCUCAGCAUCUCAUCGCUCGACGAACCAGAGUUCAAGGCACCCGAACACCAGCCGAGCAAAGAGCCAUGGUGACCAUGGCUUACUUCCAUCACAAACCCACAUCAAAGAACGAGAGGACUACAAGCUGGAAUCCGAAGCCUCUCAGUACUCUGCGUCCCUGGCUGCUUUCAUACAAAGCAGCUGCCAAUCCUGACUUGACCGCAUUCCGUUCUUACGGACAAGCACCCCACCCGGACUUUCUCGCAGAAACCCUAGAUGGAGCAAUCGUUGCCAUUGUGACUGUUGACUCGGCCACAAUUUCUUCGAUCGAUGUGCAACGUACUAACGUUGGAGACUUCCCGUACAUCGCCGAGACUGAACAUCCGUUUUUGCCAUCCACCUGUCAAUGUCUUGGCCUUGCUCUGAUUCGCGGGAUCGACGUCGCGAAGAAAACUCUUCAGAUCAUCACGCCUGUUGAUCUAGAAGCUGCGGAGGAGGCGCACCUGGUGUUGGUCAGAGGAGGGUUUGAUUCACCUGAUUGGGCGUACCUGGAGGAUUUGUAUCAUGAUCCCGAAGACAAACAGGACCGACCCUGGGUGGCAUUAACUGGGGAUAGCGUCGAACAUGGAAAGGUGUGGAGAGUAAGAAGACCGCCUCUUGCUGGCGGUGGGAAGACAUAG